CGCCUGGCCCUUGUUUGUUUAUAAGAAGAACAUUCUAACCUAAAAAACUUGAAAAACAGUUAAAAAGUCAAAUAUUAACAACAUAAAUAUAUAAUUAAAGAAAAAUAUGGAAAAUCAAUGUACUGAUAAUAAUCGUAUAAUUUUUACAUCCAGUGGAACAGGAUAUGGAAAGACAAUUUACCAGUUUUAUUUAAAUCAAAAGUUUGUAGAUACAAGUAUAGUUUUAGCUGGGGGUAAAAUUAUUAAAGUUCAUGGUCCCAUUAUUGCUGCAGAAAGUAGUGUAUUUUAUGAAUUGUUAAAAACUGGUAGUGAAGGAAAGAAUUGUUUAUAUAUGCCAGAAUAUUCUCCAAAAGUAAUGAAGUAUGUGCUAGAAUUUAUUUAUCUAGGCUGUGUGUCUGUCCCUAUAAAAUUGAAAAAGGAAAUAUCUUUAGCUAUUAAAUAUUUUAAACUGUGUGCCCUACCUGGCAUAGAGGAAGAAGCUCCCCCUAACAAUGAUAAUAUAAUAGAACAAAAAAAGAUAUUGGCUGAAGAAUUAUAUCAAAGUUCCGAAGAGUUAUUUGAUUCUGAAAGUGAGGAAGAAGUCUUAAGUUGUAGGAAAGAUAAAUCUACUAUUGUAAAAAAUCCAUUCGCACUCAAAUCGAAAAAAAAGAUCCAAAAAUCUCUUGUAAAAGCCUCGCCAGACAAACAGAGGUCUUUGAAAAAGAGUGAAUCCACAUCAAAAAAAGAAGUAACACGUUCGCCUAAAAAGGGUUGGAUAUCGAAGAAUGAUUAUAAAACUAUUAGUGAUCAUUUUUGCGUUAUUUGCAAUCGAAAAGAAAAGGCUAUUCGAGUACAUAUAAAAACUGUACAUAAAAAAUAUAUUAGGACUCGAAAUUUUAAGUGUAAGGUAUGCCAUCAAUAUUUUUAUUUGAAGGAAACUGCUAGGGAGCAUCCUAGUGUGUGUUCUAAAAAUUCAUCAUAGAUAAACAUUUAUGUGUUAUACAGUUUGUCAGAUAAAGGAGCUGCUCUGUUUACUUUCUAAAGGGUUUCUUAAUUUUAUUUCUUAUUUUUUUUUUGUAAUGAUGUUUUUUCAUUUUUUCUUUUCUGUAAACCAUUUGUUCUACGCAAGUCAUACUGCAGAUAAAUUAGCUUAUUUUACAUCUUCGAUUGACGACUAUAUAAGUCCUCUGGACUUCGGCAGACCUGUGAUAUAAAAGCUCCGGUCGCCAAAUAAACCUUUUAUUUUGCUCUGUUUUACUAAGCGCUCUGGUAUCAUGUGUCAAGGUAACAUAGAACCCUCUCAUAACAACAGUCCAUUCUGUGUAAGCUGUAUGACUAUGCUGAAGGUUCGCCUGUAAGACUUUGAUUGGUGUCAUUGAGACCUAUUUUGAGUCAAAUAGCGGGAGUCAAAUAACGGGGUAGUCUGUCUUUUAUUUUUAAAUUCAUCAUCAUUGUUAUGUAUUAAUAAUACUCAGACUGGUUACAACUUAACGUUUAUUCCAAUACGAUAACAAAACAUGGCCAUUUCAUAAUUACGACUAAACUAAGAACUACUGAAUGACAACUGUCACAACUACUUGGCCCUGUCUCUAGUUCCGUUCACGGUUACUAGUGACAGGGUGCUUACGCAUAUAUAAUAUGUCUCCCUCUUUUAACUACAACUUACAAUAGAUUUACUUAGGCUAAAAACCUAGCCGGUUUUUUCUUUACUCGCUCUGAUCUACGUACAAUAUUUAAUUGCGGUGUUUCCGCAAUGUUAUCCUUAUUCACGUCACUAUCUUUUAUUUCCUCAUAUUCCCUAGAUAACGUUGGUGUAUUAAUUGCACUAUUGUCCGUAUCAUACGACUCACUAACGUCAGGAGCACUAAACUCGCGAAUUACACCCGGUUCCUUCAUGGAAAGCUUGUCACUGUUUAUCAAACUAUCUAUUUCAGGAAUUGCACAAACAUCAGAGGUAGAGUCAUUCCCCCCUUACAAAUUUUUCUCAUAUGAUCUACAUGUACAAAACUAACAUGAUCAUUUACCAUCAAAAUAUAAGUAACAGGACUGACUCUUACCUUAACAAUGCCUUUGGACCAUUUAUCCUUUUCCCCUCUUACAUUUUUAACAAAAAUCGCUUCCCCAAUCUCAAAUUCUUUAAAUUUCAAAGGAUCACUACAAUUUCUAGUCAACCGUAUAGUUUGUUCAUCUUCAAUUUUCUUAUUUAAAUUUGGUUUUAAAAGUGAAAAUUUAGUUUUAGGUUUUUGUCGCAACAUGAUUUCAGCUGGAGACGUUUGUGUGGUGCUAUGUGGAAUAUUUCUAUAAUAGAAUAAAAAAUUGUCUAGUUUUUUUUUUGAUUGUACAGAACAUUAGACUUAUCAUCGUAAAUUUGUUUUACAAAAUUAUUUUUAAAAGUUUGGAUGCAACGUUCUACUGUACCAUUUGAGGUUGGGUGUAAAGGUGGAGAUUUUGAUACUUUAAUUCCAUUAUUCACACAAAAUAUUACAAAUUCUUCCGAAUUAAAUGGCGGACCAUUAUCUGUAUGAAUUUCAUCAGGCAAUCCAAAAACCGCAAAUGAUUUUCUCAGACAUGAUAUAACAUUAGAUGCAUUAGUGGAUUUAAGUAUCCAUGCAUCAAUCCAUUUACUAUGCGAAUCUAUUAAAAUAAGAAAAUUUUUAUCAUUUUUCUUAGCCAGAUCUAUAUGAAGUCGCUGCCAUUUUUUCCAGCACCAGGACCAUGAUGUCAAGGGAGCAUUGGGUACAUAAUUAACAUUUACUUGACAACAUUCACAUUCUUUUACAAUUUUUUCAAUAUCCCUAUUGAUGUUAUCCCAAUAGACAUAUUGUCUAGCCAACAUUUUCAUCUUAACAAUUCCGGGAUGUUGGUCAUGUAAAAGUCUUAAAACUUUUGCCUGCAAUAGCCUAGGUAUAACAACCCUGUUAUUAUACAUGAUACAAUUUUGAUCAACAUCUAAACAUUCUUUUACCCGACAAUAUCCCAAGAAUUCCUCUGAAACAACCUUAGGCCAACCUUGCCUAAUAAACUCCCCAAUUUUGUUUAAGACUUUAUCUUUAUUAGUUUCCCUAGCUAUGUCUUUAUAUGACAAAGGUAACUCUUGAACCAUUGAAAAAUAUUUAACUGUUUCCCCAGAUUCUUGACUUGCUAGAGGUAAACGGGAUAGUGCAUCAGCAUUUGCUAGCUUUCUACCGUCUCUAUAAUGCAAUUUAUAAUCAUACAUUGAUAAUUGUACUGCCCAGCGUUGUACCCUUGCUGCAGCUAAGGGAGGCAAUGCUUUUGACGGCGAUAAAAUAGACUGCAAUGGCUGAUGAUCAUUGUACAAAGUAAAAUAUGUUCCAUAUAUAUAAUUAUGAAACUUUUUUAAUGCAAAAACAAUGCUUAACGCUUCCUUCUCUAACUGACUAUAAUUAACCUCAGUUUUAGACAAUGUUGCUGAUACAAACAUAACUGGUCUUUCGGUCCCAUCAGGUAACUGAUGACCUAACACAGCCCCCAGACCAUAAUGGGAUGCAUCAGAUGACACUAUAAUGGGUAAUUUAGGAUUAAAAGGCAUAAGAACAUUUGAACUAGUCAAAAAUCGUUUACUAUUUUCAAAUGCUUUGUUUGCUUCUUUGGUCCAUACCCAAUCUUUAUUCUUCUCUAAUAAUUCAUAUAAUGGUUUCAUUUUUUCAGCCAAUUGUGGAAUGAAUUUUGAAUAAUAAUGUAGUAGGCCAAGAUAAGACUGUAAUUGUUGUUUAUUAAUUGGUUUUGGUGCAUUUAAUAUUGCUUCAAUUUUGUUAUUACAGGGUUCAAUCCCUUUUCCUGAUAUUAAAUGGUCUAAAAAUGUUACAUUUUUAACAAAAAAUUUACUUUUAUCUAAAUUGACUCUAACAUUAAAUUUUUUAAACCGAUCUAAUAUUACCUUCAACUUAUCAUACAUUUCUUGCUCUGAUUUAGCGGAUACUAGACAAUCAUCUAAAUAACAUUGUACCCCCUUUAUACCUUUUAGUAUUUGAUCAAUUACGGACUGAAAUAUGUGAGGUGCAGUUUUGAUUCCAAAUGCUAACCUCUUAUAUCUAAACAGACCAAUAGGUGUGUUGACUGUUAAGUAACAUUUACUAUCUUCACUUAUUUUUAACUGAAAAUAUGCAUUCUUUAAAUCAAUUACUGAAAAUACACAACCUUCUGAAAUAGAAGCAAAUAUUUCAUCCACUGUGGGUAAAGGAUAAUAAUUAUUUUCUACAACAGGAUUUAUGGUAUUUUUAAAAUCUCCACAUAUACGUAUUUCCCCAUUUGUUUUUGGUACUAUAACAAUAGGACUGCCCACUCAGAUGUUUUCACUGAUUCUAAAAUAUCACUUUUGACCAACUCAUUUAUUUCCAUUUCCACCUUAUCUUUCAAUGCAAAGGGAAUUCUAUAUGGUUUACUAAACUUCGGUACUGACCCUUCUAUUAUUUUAAUAUUUGCAACAAAAUCUUUUAUACAAUGAUUUUUAUUAAAUACUUCAUUAUAAUCUUUUAAUAACUCCUCCAAUAGGAUGUUAGUUUCAAUAUUUACUUUAUGUACUUUAAAUACUUUAUCAGGUUUAAAAUAGGAUUUCCAUUCUGGUAAUAAUACAUUUAACCAUGACCUACCUAGUAAACAAACUUGAGAUUUAAAUUCUACUAUUUUUAAAUUUAAUUUUGUUGCAAUACUACCAAAUUGUACAUUUACAUUAGCAUGUAAAACAUUGUCCUGUACUUGACCAAACAAAGUUUUUAAUUUAAUAUUCGAUUUGCCUAACUCUACAUUGGGGAAUAGUUUUUUAAAAGUUUCAAAUGAUAUUAUAGUGCUAUCAGACCCUGUAUCUACUUCAAAAGUCAUUACCUUAUUUUCUAUAACUAAUUCCAACAUAAUAGGCUCACAUCUUGGACUGCCUACUAAUUGGUUAACUGUUUCCUCUACCUGGGUUGUCCACUUAACUUCAAAUUCCUCACUUUCCAGGGUGUCUUCUUCUUCUUCCACAAAAUGAACUCUUCCUCUACAUAGGGGUGAUUUUGCUGUGUGACCCAUCACAUUACAUGUGAAACACCUCCAAGACUUUGCUGGACAUUUUGUUGGGUCAUUAUGAAAUCUAAGACAUCUCUGACAUGGACUUUUUCCCAUUUGGUGUGAUUUUAAUUGAUGUCUUUCUGACUGGUUAUUCCGAAAUUUAUUAUGAUUGACGCUUGAGGAGGCCUCUGGAUACUUGUUGUUUACCUUUAUAACUAGAGACUUUAUUUAUGACUUCUGAACUACUUAUAGCCUUUGCCUGGCCUUCAGCUAACUCCAUACUUAGUGCAAUUUUGACAGCUUUCCCAUAUGUUAAAUCUUCCUCUGAUAAAAGUUUCCUUCUAAUCGCCUCCGAUUUCAAACCACAGACAAACUUGUCCCUAAGCGCCUCUGUCAGGAAUGCACCAAACUCCGCAUAUUUUGACAAUUUCUUUAGUUUUUCCAUAAAAGAAGUUAGAUCUUCUGAAUUAUCUUGCGAACAAUUGUAAAAUUUAUAUCUCUCCGCAAUAACUAAUCUUUUUGGACUAUAAUGAUCUUUUAAUGUUUUCUCCAGUUCGGCAUAUUUUUUUGUACUAGGUAUUUCAGGUGACAACAAAUCUUUUAUCACCGCAUAUGCUUCUCCACCAAUUAACGUCAAAAAUAAGGGCACUUUUUUAUUUUCCCCGAUUUCGUUGCACACGAAUAACUGUUCUAUUCUCUCCAAGUAACUAGCAAUAUCAUCUUCCUUGGGCUUAAAUGCCUCAAUUGAACCAAUUAGCGCCAUUUUGUUUCACUUGUGGAUUGUGCACGUGCACACAGACGAUUGUACAAACUUGUUUACUAUUUUGACAAAAAAAAACUUAUCCUCUUUUUAUCCCAUCCUCGUCGCCAAUAUGUUAUGUAUUAAUAAUACUCAGACUGGUUACAACUUAACGUUUAUUCCAAUACGAUAACAAAACAUGGCCAUUUCAUAAAUACGACUAAACUAAGAACUACUGAAUGACAACUGUCACAACUACUUGGCCCUGUCUCUAGUUCCGUUCACGGUUACUAGUGACAGGGUGCUUACGCAUAUAUAAGAAUCAUCUCACUCUUAUAUUCUUCUAAACUGAACUAUAUUGUGGUCCUCUAAUUUUACCUUCAGAUGUUAUCUUAAACUUAUCUGUAAUAUACUUGUCUAUACUUUAUAGCUUGUCUGUGAUAGGUAAAGAACUUUGUAUUAAAAUUUGUGUUAUUUUAAAUUUAUUUUUUAAUAUCUGGCGAUUUUAUAUAUUUAUUUAAUUAGAUGUAAUUUAUAUAGAUAUUGUAAUUUUGAUCAUGUUUUAUUAAAUUUAUGAAACAAAUUUUACGUUAUUG